GUUAUUCAUAUUCUGAUUAUUUGGGAUAAUAAUAAUAAAUAAAAGUUAAAUCAAGAUCUUUAUAAAUGCCAUAUCUGCUGUUUCAGAGCACAAAAAAGCAGAAAAAGUGAGCUCCCCUGAAAGCCAUAGUGUAGUUCAAACUCUUCGUGCAAUUAUUGUGGAUGGCUUUACUUAAGCUUGAAAUUGAAUCAAAAAUCAAUUCCGCAGUGAUUGAAGCAAGUAAGCAAAUAUAACAAGUUCCAACGCCUAUGAAGACACAGUGGUACACUGUGCUUGUACACCAAGUGCCAAAAAAAAAUUGCACAUUCUAGUAAUUCACUGGACUGCACUUAGCUCUGAGAGCGACACAGAUUCGCUGUGGCAUCAUUUCGAUAAGCUUUUUAAAUUUUACAGGAAACAGUAAAACAGUUACAAAUAAUUUGAAAUACAGUGUGCAUAUUAUGUAAGGGGCAUUUGUCCAAAGUGUUUUUAUCAUCUCUAUCUCAUUCCAUGUGUUUAACAAACACUAUUUUGUCUUCAAACCAGCUUAUAUGCUAGAAGGAUUUUUUCAUUUUUAACCUGAGUGCACCAAGUUAUUAAUAAGCACAUAAUAUGAAAGGAGGGUUGGUGUUGCACUGUGGCUGACAGUAAUACCUUUCUGUGUGGAGUUUACAUGUUCUCCCUGUACAUGUGAGUUUUCUACACAUACUUUGGCUUUCUUCCUCAAACCAAAGACUAUUUGGACUCUGAAUUGGCCAUUAAUGUGAGUGUGAGUGACUGUCUGUUGGAGAUAGAGCCCUCCAUGAGCCCCUACAGGACUGGAUGGAUGGAUGGAACUGGAAACAUUUGUUGUCAUAAAAGAACAAAAUCACAACUAAGAGUCAAAGUUUUCACUUGUUUGAUGAUGAGGUCCUGUUGGUUGAAAUACAAGUGGGUUUUAGUCAUUAAAUCUUGUGCAUCAGUAAAUUGUAUAAGGUGUGUAUAAGGUGUAUAAGUCACCUACAGUCUGGAAUCCUCUGAGUCUCAUCAGCUGGAAGCUCAAAAACAACAAAGAUUACAAUGCAAGGCUGAUAAAUGGACAAGUAAAUCCGAAUUAUGCAAAAGAAUCCUCACUUUUGCCUUUUUGUCCAGUUGCAUAGCACUGAGCCUCAAUCAACUACAGAGUUACCACAGAACUGUAUGAACAAUUGGAAGAACAGGGGUGCAGUUGCUGGGACACAUAAUGUGUUGAUGGAAAUUGGCAGAACUUCUUUAAGGUUCUCCUUGUUGGGAUUCCCAGUCAACAUGAUGUAUAUAUCCAGGCACCAUGCUGCCAUAAAAACAAUGUUUUGUUUUAAGUUUUACAGACUAUGACCCAAAUAAAUACCAAGCCAAGGUAGAAUCUUUGGCUUAGACAAGCAGGAGCAGGAGUGUAUUAGUGGUUCAAAAGCAAUAGAGGUGGAAAACUUCUGAAGGGAGUGAAUACUUUAAUAGGCACAGUAACAGUCCAUAAGAGAAAUUGUAGCAACCCACUGGAGACAAAAAUAAAUUACUGAAAUAUGAUGUUUGCAUAAUUUGCAAAACAACCCAAAGCAACACAUCAGCAGAAACAUGAAUACCUUUAGUGGAAAAGAGACACUGACAAAACAGCUACAUUCAUUCACAUUCACAUUCAUUCAUUGCAAGUUAACAGUUAAAAAUGAAUCCAUCAUUUGUUCAGACAUAAAAAGAGAGAACGAUUCCACAACAGUAAUUUACCAUUUUAUUGGGACAAAUAAUCAGUUGUGAUAAACAGCAGUUAGUUGCUCCUGUUGUCAAAUCACAAGCAAGUUUGUUGUUUUAUCAGAUUUUUAACCAGAUAUUAUUUACAACAUUUAUUUCACCAUUUGUUGAGCUUGAACCAAAGCUUGAAACACACAUUGUGCUGUUUGCUUGCUGGGAUUAGAGCAAGGCGACCUGACAUAGUUGGCAGUCGGACAAAACCAGAACAAACAAAACCUAAAUAAUUUGUGUGAGUCAUGUCAGUUAUAUCACUGAUGGCCUAGGAAUCAGAUGAAACAGCUGCAGAGCGUUGCAUCUAAGAAGAUGCUUCGUUUCAUUUAUCUGCUGCUGAUUUGUGGCUGUGGCCUGAGUUUUGUCCAAGGGGAAUGUUCACAAGUCGGACCCGGCUGCUUAGACUGCUGCACUAUUCAGAGAAAGUUUGAUGCAAUAGAAGACAGAUUAACAGCUCUGGAAAAGUUGUUGAAAGAAUUUCAAAUCAGGCUGAUCAAGAAUGAAAACAAGACUGCUGAUCUGUGUUCACAAGCAAAUCUUAAGGUGAUUUUCAGUGCAGUAGUAGGAAGAUUUGGAGCCAUUGGACCCUUCAACACAGACACAACUUUAGUCUACAGAAGAGUCAUUACAAACAUUGGAGAUGCUUACAGUAGAUUCUCAGGUAUCUUCACUGCACCAGUUCCAGGUGUUUAUUACUUCACCUUCUUCUAUCACGCUGGAGGAGAGUGUGACGCAAUGCUGUAUCUCUACAAGAACUACCAGCUGAUAGUCAUGACCAGUGAUCACUCAUCAAGCCACGACACAGCAGAUAAUGGCGGAAACGCAGUGUUUCUGCAGCUAAGGAAAGGAGACCAAGUGUAUGUGCGCAUGGUGGCAAACUCGCAUGUUUGGGGAUCUUAUCACCACACAACUUUUAGUGGUUUCUUGGUCACUCCAAUGCCAGAAGAAAUAAAACCCAUUUAUUACAUCCAGAAAAGGGGUUGAUAUUCAGGCACAUGAGAUAUUGUCAUACUUUCAUCUUGUAGAUAUUUCUUUGAACCUUACUGAUAUGUAAUAGUGUUAAAGUUGUGAAUCUGACUUUAUAUAAAAUUUCAGUUGUCAGUACUGGAUGCUCACUGAAAUAAAGCAUCUGUCAAUUAGUGUUUUAUAAAGAAAAAGGAUUUCUGUUGAAAUAUUCUGAUAAAUAAGUGGACAGCAUGUAUUGUGAAUAAAUAGUAUUAAUGUUUGUGAGAUUGUUGGGGAUUGUUUUAUUAAAGAAUGUACAACUGAAGACUCUUUCAUGUGUAAGUGAAAACAAGUUUCUACCGAUUAAUGUCAAAGGAUUGGAAAUAUAAAAUGUAUAAUUAGUGAUUUCUUAACUAUUCACUCCCUACAAGUCAGUAUUUCAUAGAUGCACCUUUGGCUGCAAUUACAGUAUUGAUCAUGAGUGGAUAAAUCUCAGUUAACCCCAUUCUUCUUUGCUUCAGCUCUGUCAGGUUUCACAGAGAUCAUGAGUGAGUAACUCUCUGAAAGUUCAGCCACAAAUUCUUAACUGGAUUGUAAAUUCCUUUGCAAAAAAACUAAUUAAAUUCACCGAAAUUCAAUGUUCAAAAGCAAUGAAAGUGGAAAAUUUCCAAGGGGAGUAAAUACUUUCAAUAGACACUAAAUGGAAAGUUCAUAAGAGAAAUUGUUGCAACACUGGAAGCAAAAGUAAAUCACUGAAAUAUGAUGUUUGCACAACUUGCAGAACAACCCAAAGCAGCACAUGAUCAGCAGCAGAAACAUGAAUGACCUUCAGUGGAAAACUGACACUCUGACCAAACAGCUACGUGGUCAUUCAUUGCAAGUCAAAUGUCUUAUAAUCUUAAGUCUUAAUAUUUUCAACUUAUCAAAGUCUGUAAGAUCCCAAACUAAUAUGCAGCUGCAGCAACAGGAUGAGGUGUGUGCACAGAUUAAAAAAAAAAAAAAAAAAAAAAAACUUUCCGUGUUUUUGUUCACAACUAUAGUUUACCACUUUAAUGGGACAAAGAAUCAGUCAUAUUAAAAAGCAGGUAGUUGCUGUUGUUGUCGUAAAAUCACAAGCAGGUUUAUUGCUUUGUCAACUUUUUAAUCAGAUAUAGCAGAUGCAGAUUUUCCUGCACACAUCGUCUUGUUUGCUUGCUGGGAUCAAAGCAAGGCGAUCUGACAUAGUUGCCACCAGGAUAAAACCUGAACAAACAAAACCUCAAUAAUAUGAGUGUUCUGUGUCACUGUUAAAUAAACAGUCAUGUCCAUUAUAUCAGUGAUUGGUAAUGACAAAGCAACCAGAUGAAUUGGAGAAGAUGAUUGGCUCCAUUUAUCUGCUGCUGUUUUUCGGCUGUGGUCUGCAUUUCACCCGUAAGGAAUGUUCACAAACCGGACCUGACAGCUCUGGAAAAGCUGUUGCAAGACCUUCAAAUCAGGCUGAUCAAGAAUGAAAAUGUGACUUCUGAGCUGUGUUGGCUAGGUACAUCAAAUCUUUGAACUUUGGAAGAUUUUUUAAUGUUAAAUGCGGCUUCAUGCUCGUUCAUGCAGGCAUGGAUUCAGGCCAGUCACAAGUUUUUAUACUGUCCAAUCGUCCCCGUAGUCAGUUCCCUCUCUCCCCAUUAGCACACCUUAUAACUGAGGCAGCGUUCAUUCAUUCUGCCCGCUCUUUGCUUGCUGCAUUGCUGCUGCUGAGCAUUCACCGGUCAACGGUUAACCAAUGCAAGCGGAGACGAGCCUUCAUUCAACAAGAACUCUGGGAAGGCCCUGUCUGAGCCUUGGUUUCCUCGCUUCCACAUGCCAUGCCAAUGCCAUGGACUCCCUCUUAAAACACGCAACAUAUUCCUUCCCCCAUCCUCCGCAUCGUAUAAACAUUUCCUCUACCUCAAUUCCAUCAAUAUUGCUCAAAGGCCAUGAAAAGUUCAAAUUAUACAUAAUCUGUGAUGACUACAUAUAAUUGGACCAUUGUUUUGUGUUAGUUCAAGAAGUUUUGCAUGUUUGUACAGAUUCAAAGGAUACGCAUCAAGCUUGAUGACACCCAGUCUCAUGUUUCCAUAGCUGCAGAAACACUCCAUUUCCUCCAUUGCAUAACAUGCAAAAAACAACCCAAAGCAACACAUGAACACCAGCAGAAACAUGAAUACCUUCAGUGGAAAAGAGACACUGACAAAACAGCUACGUGGUCAUUCAUUGCAAGUCAGCAGGUAAAAAUUAAUCCAUCAUUUGUUCAGACAAAAAAAAAAUAAAAAAAAUAGAGAAUUAUUCCACAACAGUAAUUUACCACUUCAUUGGGGCAAAUAAUCAGUUGUGGUUAAAAAAAAAAAAAAAAACAAGAAAAAAAAACAGGUAGUUGCUCCCGUUGUGAAAUCACAAGCAGGUUUAUUGCUUUAUCAGAUUUUAUUUCACCCUUUGUUAAGCUCGAACCAAAACUUGAAAAAUAUAAGCGGAUGGUUCCUAAUGUGGACGAAAGCUGUGAAAUUUAUUCAGGGUUUUAUAUUACAAAACUUCUUUUUGUUAUUAUCUGAAUCCAGAUCUUACUGCACACAUUGUGCUGUUUGCUUGCUGGGAUUAGAGCAAG